ACCACAGAUUUUGUUUUCUCUUCUAAUUUUCGACUUUCCCCCGUCUUACCUUUCCUGUUUUGCGUAGAGUUGCUUUUUGUCUCCAAGGCCAUUCCCCCGUUCUUCCGUUUCGCAUUUUUCCUGAGGGUUUCGUGCCUGGAAGCAGCAAGUAGUCACACUUCGGCGGAGCGAAUAAGCCAUGGGAGAAACAACCAUGAAGAAGGAAGUGGAAGACGGAGAUUCCACCAGAGCGUCUCCGAUGCCGCAUGACGACUCGAAAUCCGCCGGGGAAGACGACGCUGCUACGCUACUGUCUCUCUCCCCUGAUUCUGCUGCUGACGCUAACCCCGACGCCGAUCUUGCUCCGCUCUCGGUGCAGCUGGGCAAUCCGAUUGAGAAGAGACAGAGGCGCUUGACGAUCAAGCUCUCCUGUUCCGAUUCCAAAAUUGAUCAUGCAAUGUCCAGUCAUGCAGGGAAGUGCAUAAGGUCAGUGCGAGCGAAAAAACAUUGUGAGCAACACGGGACCAGGACGGAUGUGUUGAGCACCCCUAAGGAAGUCAAGUCACCAGCUAUGAUUCGUGCUGAAGAGAUCCAAUCAAAUCUGGAACCUGAAUUUCCUAGCUUCCUGAAAGCUUUAGUCAGAUCACAUGUUGGAAGUUGCUUUUGGAUGGGUCUUCCUGGGCCUUUCUGUAGAGCAAACUUACCUAGUGAGGAUACUACAGUUACUCUGGAAGAUGAGGAUGGGAAGGAAUUCAACAUCAAGUACAUUGGAUACAAGACAGGAUUGAGUGCUGGUUGGAGACAGUUCUGUGUUGCCCAUAACUUGCUCGAGGGAGAUGCUUUAGUGUUCCAGUUAGUUGGAAACUGCAGAUUCAAGGUUUACAUAAUAAGGGCCAAUGAUUUGGCUGAAGUUGAUGGGGCAUUAGGUCUACUGAAUUUGGAUGCUCAUACAAAACAAAAUGACGCAGAUUUCAUGGAACAAAAAGGUCAUGUAAAUACAGUAAUGGCCAUUGUACCCAGCAAAAUUGCCAAGAAAAGACGGUGUAAAGCGCCUCAAUCAUCUUUCCUUCGAAAGAAGAAGAGGAAGACUAGCAAGCCAAGAUCAUCAUUCCAUGACACCACCGGGCAACCGCCGGCUGAGCAAUCUGAAAACGACAGUGAAGAAGUUGGUUCUGAAGUAUUGGAAGGUUUCAAAUUAUCCUUUCCUGGACUUAAGUUUAAAGACAUCCAGAGCUUUGAGGAAUUUAGCAUUGUGAUCGAAGGGUUAGUCUUAGAUUCUGAACUAACUGAAGACGUACGGAGAAAGUACUACAAGCUCUGUUGCGGUCAAAAUGCUUUCCUUCAUGAAGAUCUCAUCAAGGGGCUCAAUUUCAAGCUGGUUGCUGGGGUCAUUUCUGAAAUCAUUAGUAUUGCUGAUGCCAUGAGAGGUUGCGAUCUUUCAACUUCACGAGAUGAGUUUGCUACCUGGGAUAAGACAUUAAAAGCGUCUGAGCUUUUCGGUAUGAAUGUUGCGUUUCUACGUGCUAGGCUAACACGCCUUGUUACCCUUGCCUUUGAUUCUGAAGAUGCUGCAAAAACAAGAAGGUACGUGGAAGCUAGAACUGGGAGACUCCACAUUGAAGAUGAGAUAAGAAACCUAGAAGCAAAGCUUGUAGGACUGAAAGCAACCCAUGAAAGGUAUGGAUCUGAUGUUGAGAAUCUGAAAACAAGAGCUGAAAGAUACGAGGUCAAGUUUAACCGGGAGGUUCUCGCUCCAUGGUAAACUUUACUUUGGAUUCAAACAUCACCGAGAGUCGCCUUACCUUCACUAUGGUGUUGGAGAGUGUUUUCUUACUCGGAAACUAAGGUGUUUGGUUUCUACAUGGCAUGUGGUUGCUGGACAACAGAGGUGGAAAGCAACAGUAGUGUAGACUAGUGUGAUAAACAUGCUGUAAUGUUUCCGAAUUUAAAUGUGGUAGACAAUUAAUUGUUCAACUUUUACAUUACGUGCCUCCAAAUGUAGAGAGAACACUGUAAUGAUCUUACUGUUGUAAGCAGGGUAAUGGUGUAAUCUUUGUAGACGAUGUAAUGUUGUUUCUUGAUUUCAAGAAGAACCAUGUAUUGCUAUGUUUCUCCUCUUCCUUACAUUCUCAGCUUGCUCAAGUUCGCAUGUGACGACAUACUGCUAACAUAACAAGCCGGUUUUUGUUGUUUUGGAGAUGCAGGCAGCUACGGACCCUGUGGCUACUUCUCCCAGUAGGCUGCAAAGUCUGGCUAGGUAUGAGAUCUUUGCCCUUGAUAUUUAUUAUUUUACCUCAUGGACUGGCAGGUUGCUGAGACUAAUGUUCUUUCACUUAUCUUGUGGCAGAAUUAGCGCUUUUUUCUCGAUUGGAUGGAUGAUGGAUGGGGAGCCACUCUAUCUACCCUAUUGACUGUUGAGGGGGGCUGGUUUCAGCGGUAGAUUAGCCAGACUUAUCAGCAAGCUUUUGCACAGAAAAUAAAGGUGGUGGUCAUAACAAAGAAAAUGAAGCAGGUAAGCAUUCAACCCCAAAAAGUCUUUAUUGGUUCUUCUAGUUUCUAAGGUUGUCAAAUCGGUUUAUGCCAGUGUGCCGGUUUAGCAAGUGAAAUGAUUUGACCGGUGGUACAUACCGGUUAAUAUUACAAAUAAUUUACAAAUACUCAUAUUUAAACACGACAUUUAACGUAAAUCGCUAAAUAUUUGUUCUUGAAUCCAACAAAUAACAUCAACAUUUAACUUUUUAACACAUAAUAUAAAUAAUAAAUUACUUUUUAUCAA